ACGAGACAGUUCCGGAGCUGCCAUCACCAUGUUCACAGCGAGCAAGCACUGGCCAUUGCAGAGUUCGCACAAGGUCACCCUGCAAGGUGUUGUCUACCAGCUAGACGUGGCCUUGGAGAGCCUCGAAAGCCAGAGGUGCGGGAUAGUGUUCAUAUACAACAUGACCGGCUCAAAGUACCAGAACUUUGACUACGAGCUCAGCCAAAAAAUAUUGAAUCUUCUCAAGGGCGCCUACCCAGCAAGGUUGAAGAAAGUCUUGAUUGUUAACGCGCCAUUGUGGUUCAAGGCACCAUUCCGAAUACUUCGCCUUUUUGUCAGGGAAAAGCUCAGGGACAGGGUAACUACAGUUAGCCUGGAACAGCUAGGUGCACACAUUCCAUACACUUCAUUGCCUCGAGAGCUUGGAGGAAGCCUGGCUAUCAACCACAAGGCCUGGCUGCUUCAUUGUCUCAAGUCCAUGGCGAACAGGUACAACUUAUCAAGCGAGGUGCCAGUACCACCGGCCGUGCUUCCGGCCAAUCCUGCCGAACCCGUCGAAAACGAUGUUGUGGCAGGGGAGGUGACAGAGGAGGAGGAGGAGGAGGAAGAAGAGGCCUCUUCCGCAGCGCAGCCAGCAGCCAUUGAAACGCAAAACUCCGUCCAAGAGAAGCAGAACUGUGAGGAACGUGAGAAGGAAGUUGAAGUGAUCAAGGAGCCUGUGAAAACCACCGCAGCAAAGGAAGAACCUGCUGAGCAGACGAGGGUCGCCGCAGCUUCACCUGAACUUGUCACAGAAGAGGAGGAAGACGAGAAGUGCCCUUCCUCAUCGUCAGUGUCUUCUUCAUCUCAGUGGGAUGAAGGUACUGCCAAUGGUGAACACAAGGACGGUGCCGUCACAUUGGAGGAGUUCAUCAGCCAACUUCAAGUCAAAGGUCGUCGUGGCUUGUAUCAGGAAUAUUCUGAAUUAAAAGCAAAAAGUCCCGAGGGCACCUUUGUCACUGCAAGAGUGAAGCCGAAUCAGUGCAAAAAUAGGUACACGGAUGUGCUCUGUUUUGACCACAGCAGAGUGAUUCUGUCCAUGAGGAAUGAAGACGACUGCAGCACGUACAUUAAUGCCAACUUUGUAGAUGGUUACCGCCAAAAGAAUGCUUUCAUAUCAACACAAGGACCUUUGCCAAAGACAUACACAGACUUCUGGCGAAUGAUCUGGGAGCAGCGCUGUGCAGUAAUUGUGAUGACGACACGAACCUUUGAAAGGGGACGGGGCAAGUGCGGCCAGUACUGGCCACCUGGGGAGCCUGGUGCCUCUAUAGAGCUCGAAGACCUGUUCAAGAUCACAGUCUUGGCCAAGGACCCUAAGCCAGAUUAUGUGGAAACACAAUUGGAACUGUACAACUGUGAGAGCCAGGAGUCCCGCUCCGUGAGUCACCUGCAGUUUACAAGCUGGCCGGACUAUGGUGUGCCCGACUCUGCCUUGGCCAUGCUGGCAUUUCGGGGAGUGGUCCGUGAGAAGCAGGCGCAGGCUGUGUCUUCUAUGGAGCCCAAGUGGGAUGGCCAUCCCCUAGGGCCACCCAUCGUAGUUCAUUGCAGUGCCGGAAUUGGCCGUACCGGAACAUUCAUUACCUUAGACAUUUGCAUCAAGCAGUUGGAGGAAGAGGGAAGAGUGGAUGUUCGCUCUACAGUGGAACGAAUUCGUUCCCAGCGUGCGUUUAGCAUUCAAAUGCCUGACCAAUACGUCUUCUGCCACCUUGCGCUGCUUGAGUUUGCCCUACUUCGCGGGCUGCUUCAAGACGUGGCUCUGGAUGGCUUCGACGAUGACGACGACCGUGAUGGCUCGGACUCUGAGUGAUUAUUUCUGUGCAUUGUUCUGCUGCAAAACUUAUUAUUUUUUAAUGUAAUUUUCUCGUCGCAAACUUGUGGCUGCGGUCGUAUGGUCACGAUCGUGGCACCAACCUAGCGAUACGUUUCACUUUUACCUCUGUAGUUGGGUUGAGGUGUACAAACGUCUAAUCUAACUAAUGUCGUACCUUAUAAUUAACUCUAAAAAAGCCUGUGUGAUUUGGUGAUUUGCCUAUAAAGGCAAGUAGGGCUUUCUAUUUUGCGCAGACCAACUGAACGAACCCUGGUUUUGUUCAGUAACUGGAACGUUCGCUGAAUAAUUAAAUAUUGACCUGAUAUGGUUGUACCAACGGCAGUGCAUAAAGUUUGCACAUUGGGGAAGAAUUCCAUCAUUUCCUUUUUGACCCCCUUCUGCCGGUUUGCUUGCCGUCUAUGGCAAGCUGUGCAGGAAUUGUUCGUUAACAGCGUACUCGACUAAGGUGCCUUGAAUUAAGCGCACCGCUUUCAUUACUAAGAACUGUUUAACGUAUUGUGCGAGAUUCAAGCCACAUAUAAUUUUGCUUGAGCAGCAGUGCAUUCGUUUUAAUUCUGUCGAAGCUUCACUGAGGUUUCCGUUGUAAUACUCUGGUCAUAUCCACACCUCGCGCAUGCCUCAGGGGUUGCUUUUGAAUUCUCCUGCGUAUUGUGCAACAUUCUUUUACACUUGCUGAACCACGGCACUAAUUUAUAAUCCUGUUGUGUUUUAAAAGCAGGUGUAUACAGUCUACAUGUGAUUACGCUGAAGAUAAUUGCAACAUGGGCUAUACUUUCUCCAAAGAUGUGCGGGAAAUGGUUGACAUGUUCAAGAAGUUAUUUUUCACCAUUAGCAUAGCACUACACCCUUUGAUACCCAACUGCAAUUGCAGGCUUGUGGUGCCCUGAAUAUCGUAUAAAAAUUUUCAUGUUGUUUUUCCGUUCACAAAAUCAUACUGUCUUAUGUGUAUUAUUCUUAACUGUUAAUACCACUUGCGUUUUCGGAUUUGGUUGAAUUGUUGUGUGCCCAUACACUGAGCACGAAAUGGUGGGCAAGAGAAAAAAAAAUGCAGAAUAUACUCAUGUGUACCAGGGUGCCAUAUUCUUAUUAUAUCUAUCAGUACAUGCUUUCUAAGAAAACCUGCAAGUAUCAAGGCCUGAAACAGAGCACUCCUUUUUAUCUUCUUUCUUUUUUUUUGUCUCAUCUGAAGGAUUCAGCUUUGGUAAAUCUUUUCUGUGAAUAGUAUAUGGCGAAUGUGCAGAUAUUAUUUGUGAGAAUGGAAUAGCAGCUUCAUUCAUCAAAAAUUAAGUGUGGUGGCCAGCGGUACAUACAGAAGUUUUGCAUAACUGAGCACGAAAUUAACCAACCGUUGUUAGUCAUUAUAGAAAUAGUAAAAGUUAUGUUAGUUUGGCUUGCAGAACAUGCAAGCCAAAUACUGCAUAAAUCUGCUGCACACAAAGACCUUACUUGCCUCAUGUGAAAGCCUACUCGCUAUUUGCAGCAGCUUUCGAAAACCCGAACUUUUCACCCUCUGCAAUGUAAGCAGUCAGGUUAUAAAUAGUGCACUCAUCGUUCACAUAAGGUCCUCUUUCAAAAAUGUCUUUGGGAAUAUGUUCCUUCAAAGGCAUUGCACUCAUUAUAAUAGCUUCUGAGGCCCUUUUGACGUUUGGCCCCGUUUACAUAAGGAUAUUUUCUUUAGCCAUAAAUAUUAAGAAACGCGAAAAAAAAGAAGACUCUGGUUUCUUAGGUAACAUUAAUUAAUUGCUUACUGAAGACAACGGCUCGUGGGAAGCUUGUGUCAGCGCACAUUAGUAGGAACCACAUGGAACAUAUUUCUGGUGGCAUAUACGUUGGCAAUUUUUCUUGCAUCGACCCCACUAAAAAAUGGUCUUCAGAGUACAGUAGAAUCUAUUCUGCAAAAGUUCAAACGGAAGGUCAAGUAUAAUAUGCAGGCAAUAUUUUAGGCAACAUUGCAUAUGCAGAAAGGAAAAUGUUUAUUGUAUAGGUUCUGAAAAGUGAGCUUUAAGAUAGUAAGAAAAGCAAUUUCAGUGCACUGUCUGCAUUAUUUAUCUGCUAGAAUCGCCUAAAUAUUCUUGCAAACCUGCUAGGGACAUGAAAAAGAUGUACAUGACGUGAAAUUUGAUAAUAAUCACUGUCUGCUGCGAGCUUUAUUUUAUGGAAAGCCCUCUAAUGUGGAAGAACUAGGGAUGAAUCUUAGUGUCAAUAUGUCCGUUUUAUACACUCUGCACAUUAUGCACUUUUAAGCUUGGCUGAAACUGAAACACAUUCCAUGUGUUACAUCUUCAAGCGGCUGCCUGAGGAUGUGCGCUGCAUGAUUAGUAACAGCAUGGCUAUUGUAUGGAACAAAGUGGAUACUCUGACACUCAGCUGCUUCAUGCCAAAGAUACACUGGAAAUAUGUGCCAUGUAGUUGUCACUCCACAGUGCACUACGAGUCUGCUUUGCUUCCUUGCCAUGAAGACUGAAUGUCUCUCUUACCCUUAAGAAAAAAGAAAAAUAUGAAGAAAAGACUUGACAUAGUGUUCGUAAUAUUACUUGCGAUGCUUAUGACAGACAGUAUCAAGUUACACACCUGCUGCUCUCAAAUGUCCAUCUCUAACUCCGCUUUGGCACCGUGCUGUUUCGAAAUGCUAUAGUUUUCCGCUGGAAACUGCCUUCAUUUCACUGCUAUAAUGAGAACACAAGUCUUCAGUCACUAGACAGUUUUUACACAGACUGGAAAGAGAACAAGCAAAACAGCUUUCUUUAAUUAAAAAGGUUUGCUGCAAGGCAUAAUGAGACAAGUGGAAUUACUGAAGAGCACACAGCCGUGUAAAGUGUAAGAACUGUACCGUUGCUGCCGAAAACUUGUUCAUUACCAAAGAAAGUAGUAAUUUCAUGUGGUUGUGGUGACCCUUUCAAAUGAAAGACGGAAAUUUAUUGCAAACUUGUCCCAGAGAAGAGUUUCAUGCAAUUUUUUCUGCACUGAUGACAAAGCUACUUCGUGCACGCACUUUUGUUUGAUUCCAUGUGUAGCCACUUCAAAACAACUCCACAAAGCUGCGGUUUUGCAUUUGCAGUUGUAGUGUGCUCGCGACUGUCGCUUUUCAAUUCAUUUUGCUUCCAAAGAAGGCCAACUGAUGUGGUACUCACACGAUCUCUCUUGCUGAAAUCGUUGCACAUUACCCGAUUUCAGGAAACACUUGCAGUGUGGCUUGAGAUAAGGGGGGGGGGGAUUAUUCUGGGGUGCAUUGCUGUGAUCACAUCGUUAGCUAACUGUGCUUUUUUGCAUGUCACUGCUGAAGGCAGCAAAGAAUCAUUUUGGCAAUAACAUUAUAGUACUGUAUGAAAUGCAAGCAGACCAGGAUUAAACGUGGAGCAGGAUAAAAAUCUAACUAGACCAUCUAUUUCGACUUCAUAUUUGCCCGUGUGCGUAAAACUAGUGAGAUUCAUCGACUGAUGCCACAAGAGCGUAGGGGCUGUUAGCAUAUUAGCCGCCAGUCACAUCGAGGAUCGACCUAACAUUAAUGGGUGGCCAUCAGCAAAAGCUGUUCCCUGGGGUACCUGGCUAGGAAGUGUUAGCAGCCAGUAGCGUCAGAAACACAGAAUUGUUUCAUGUAAUUGUAUGGGAGUAAUGUUCUCUGGCCUGCCUGUAUGUUCAACUCUGCUAGAAAGAAAGAAAAUAGGUUUCAGAAGGAUGUCUCUAUUGUAUGCUAAGUGCUUUGCCAAAUGGCAUUGUGAGGUGUGCAGUUGUAGCAUGUUGUAUGAAGCCGGUAUCGUACAAUUGAUCAUCAGUAAUCUAGCGAGAGGUGUCUCUAAGGGCAAACACUUCGGCAAGGGACUUUGGUUAUGAUAAAGGCUAGAAACAUUGCCACCAGAGACAUCUGUCCAGCCACUGAUGAUCAUUCCACGUAUUCGUUUUCCCAUAAACCUCCACCUGAGUCGAUUCUCAUAAGACAGGUUUGUCAUUGUGGUGGGUGCUUCCUUCGCGCUGUAGCCUUAUAGUGACUCCUAUGGCCAUUGUGCGUGGCUGCUUAGUGAAAUCAAGAAUUGGCAUUUCUUUUCUUGCACAGCACAAAAAAGAAACACGGGUUGCCUGCGUAUGCACAUUCAGUGGAAGAAAAUGGCCUUAUCUGCUGACACACCUGCGAAGCUUACUUUUUUCAACCGGAGCUCUGCAGUAUUUUCAGUGGCAAGUUUCUAACCAAUUCAGUAGUUAUUGCUACCUUGGUGUUUUGUCUACAUGCAAAGGCAGUGCCAUGCUGAGUGUUGGGACUAGCCACGUCACUUGUGUGUUUUAUUGGUGUUCCUGACACCCACGGAAAUUUUCGUUUGAGAUAUGCUUGCAAGUCAGGCUCCAAGAAUAAGUAAUGCAACCCCAUGCCCCAGUGAUGUACCAUUGGGGCAUGGCAGCACAAGGACUUGCUAAGGGCUUGGACAGUUGCUGCUUUUCUGUUGUAUUUCCAACAGAAUUCUUCGCCAGAACUCCCAUUUUUCAUUAGCAACCUCUCGGUAGGUUUCUUUGUCAGUAUAUUGCCUACAGUCCUUAUCAUGCUUAAUCAAUACGUGCAUUAAACACCUUGAGCACUUUUUGUAAGAUUCUCUAAUGGUCAUUUCAGAUUAUGCCACACAAACUCGUGCAAGACGACAUUCAAAGUGGGUUUCAAAAAAAAAAAGUCUGGUUCCAAUAACGACACCAACCGCAUGUAAUUGCGUGUUAUGGGACUGACUUUUAGACCCAUAAGAAGGCUUAGUCGCCAUUUCUCACAGCCACUGUACUUUCAGUGCUUUCUGGAAUUGCCACUCAAAUAUGUCAUCAUGCACAAAGAAUAUAUAAAGAAAAAACUAACUUCACAGGUUUUGCAAAUAAGCUCCAAUGCAUGUGUGCACACAGUCCUACCACAGGAGAAUGGGUGCUUUGAUGGCAGGAAAGAAAGAAAAAAAAAAAAAGAGAAACACAAGGACCUUUUGGAAAACCCUUUGCACUAAGUAUGGUGAAAUCUCAACGUGGUGAGGCUUAGAUUGCCAGUGGAGACUAUAUAUGUAUUACAGUGCUUUUGAACUGGUCAAAGGUGUGCGUGUUUUCUGGUGGAAUGAUACACGCUGUAGGCAUGUGACGUGUAUUACCUCCUUGUGCUGCUGAUUACUUGACAUGCAUCUGCACUUAUCGAUAAACUGCAGCCUUGAGCUGCUUAGUUUUGCGUGUGAAUGCCUCUUUGGCUUUGUGCACAAGAGAGGCAGCAACAAAAAAGUAUUGUAUUGCAUUCCCAAUCUAGUACGGCCUUGUUUUCCCAAGCACCAACAUUUGUCGCUGCUUCGGAAUACCUGGCACGGGCUUGUUUUUUAGGGUACUUUGUAAAUAUAGUAGCGUUUUAAUUCCGCAAGCAAGAAGCAAACCGUUUUCUCCAAAUGCCCCUUGUUUAUAUGUGUAUGUGUUAGUAUCCAGCUUUGCUGUUGAUAUUUUUCGUAGGGAAUGUUAUGUUCUUCCUACAUGAUGAUUGCGUAUAAGGAUUUUUUCCAAACGCUUGUCUAUUUUUGUCUACUUAACACAAGGAAGCCAUGACUGGAAAAGAAUUUUGUUACCUGUGUGCAUGCAGUGUCAAACAGUUGCAGGUCUCGCACAGCGACAGAUGCUGUCAUACCAUCUCUUUAAUGCAAAGCUUAAUGAAAUUAAAAAAAACAGCAUGGCAGCCAGCAUUUGCAUCGCAGCAGUGUAAAAAAAAAAAGCACACACCAUGAUUGCUUUAUACAGGGCAGGAAGCCGUCUGGUGCUCAUCUACAUUGUGCAGCCUUCCAAUCUUUCAAUGAUAGCGUGCAAGUAUCUGCUGACUGAUGUACAAGCACAAUUUGACCGUUUGUAAAGGCGAAAUAUAUUGGGCAAGUUAUGAGUGUGUACACAAGGCAGUGGGUAGCAUAGAUUACACAUGCUAGGCUGAUACGGUAUGAUUUGUUCGCGUAAACACCAUAGCUCAGGUUGCUUACUGACUUGCUGCUCAAUCUGCAUGCAGGUUCUGUCAGUGGCAUGAGCUAUGUGACAACCCAAACUCACUGAAAGCAAAUCAGUUGUACAGAUGUCCUUUGUAUGGAUGCUGAUUGUAACAAACAGGAAAAAGAAACAAGGACACACUCAGGAUAAACGCUGUGUACAUGUACUGGAGAAACGGCAUCUGUCUUUUGAGUACAGCUUUUCUCAGUCCUGUAUGGUUUUCGAAUGGUAAAUUGCGUUGCAUAAUGAGAGCUAGGCACAACGGUAGUGCUACCUCGCUCACACUAUUGGAUGCUUUGUGUACACACGGAAUCAUUCAUUUUACAACUGCUCUCCGUCAUGCGUUUGAUGUACCCCAGUAGUUGGCAGCAGUACCCCAGUAGGCUCUGAUAUCAGCAAACCUUUUUUUUUUUAGUUUGCGUGGUAUUGCUCGUGCUACACUCUGGACAUUUCUUAUUCUGUUGGCAUAGCUCGCAUGUUGUUUGUUGAAAGAUUGGAAAAGGCUGCACAUUCGACAUCCUCACCAGUUAUAUUUGUUGGCGCAUCACAAUGGCUAAACGCCAUAUCUGUGCCAUGUCCAGCCACUCUCGACUUGCACUGUUUGAGACUGUUCACUUGCAUCUUUUUAAGGACUGCUGCAAAACAUAUUAACAGCUAUCAUUGACGCUAUUUUUAAGAGUUCACCGGGGACCUUGUGCAUGUGUGUGUUGUGGUCAUGUACGUGUGUCUUUUCCCCGCGUAUUAUCCUAGUCACGUUUUAGGCGCGUGAAUCCUGUGCAUUUAUAAUACAAGCUGUUUUCUUGUCAACUUAUGUCCAUUGCUGGUGUAUAUUCUGACGUGUACUGCUCCUUGCGUGCAUGACACCGGUAAGACAAUACUUUUUUUUUUGUUCUCUCUGUUGUUGAUGUGUUGUGCUAUAUUUAAAAUGAUAUUUUUGCCAUCUAUGUCAGAGCUCCCUUCUUGCCGGACUGAUAUGUUGUAGUAUUUCAUUCGCCUGUGGGAUAUAUUUUGUUCUUGCCAUUCAAUACCCAAGCACUGUCUGUCGGACACUACCCUUAAUAUCUCUAAUAUUUAUAGAAAGCCUGAAAAAAAAAGCUUGCUUGCCAUUAUUGUUUUCUUACUUCUCUGGUUUUUUGACAAAGGCCGGGAAACUAAUGUCAGCCAUCCAUUUGCACGAUUCUAGGUGACAAGGUAAAAGAAAUACUGCCCCCGGUUUCAGUACACAGGCAUCCUCAGCAUGAAAGAAAUCAAGAGUGGCACACAUAUUAGAGCAACAGUGCAUAGAACUUUAAUUAGAACUUGGAAGAAUAUCCUGACCAAAUGCCCAACAUGCUGCUAUAAUUGUACAUUAACUUCCCAUUAACAAUUUCUUGUUCUAUUAUCUACAAACAUCAGUCUUCAACCAGCCACUCAUAUAGCUAGAGAAAAUAGGUUGCAUGUCAGCCUAUAAACCAAUCCCUUUGCUGUCAACUGCUUCUUCUGCUAUGAUAAAAAUACUUUACUGCUUAUCAUCCAUGUCAGCUUGCACUUCAGAACGCUGACAUGGUUUAUCAAACCUGUUUCCCAAUGCAUAAAACCUCAUUAGCUGGCACAUUGUUUGACUAGAAGCCGAUCGAAAAUUUGCGUGAACAUAUCUAUUGGGCAGUGGUGAAUUGCAAAUUUCUGCAAGCACAAGUCGGCAUGUUUCUUUGGUACACAGACACUGCUUGUUGCUUGUUUCUAAAGCUCUCAGCUUAAAGUGAAUGGUGUAAUGUUUGGUGAGUUAGCUGUCUUGCAAGAAUAAAAAAAAAAGGAGCCAUUAACAAAAUCAGUCUGCAUGGUGUAAUUUUUUCCGAAGUUUAGGGGCUCAAUAAUGUAAUUUGAUUUCUUCAAGUCAUGGCUGAAGACUGCAUAAUUUCCCUACAUUUGACAGCAUUGGUUAAAACUGCAAGCAAAGCUAUGAAAGACACGCUCGACUGAAGCCAAAUUUUUUUAAAAAAGAAAAAUAUUUGCUGACAUUUUACGUUCUAACGUUCAUGCUAUGUUCGGUCCACUUUUAUUUGUUCUUUAACUGCAAUUGCUAAAUUCACCUUGCACAGUUAAAGCAUUUAGUCUUCUGAUCUACUAUCUUUAACUUUGCAAACAAUUACUGUUUUAAUUACAUAGUAGCUUUAAUUCUACACCUCUUCAAGAAACAGCCAAAGCUACUUUCGUUGCAGCCAACAACAUUUACGCAGGAAUUCGCUCACAUAGGAGCAACCUAGAUUCAUCUCUGACGAGUGCACUGUAGACAUGGCAACCAAAACAAAAAAAAAGAAGCUGUGAUGCUACAUGACAGUCAUUAUUUUAUUACAACUGUACACUUACAAAUUUGCUUUUCUCCAUUUCAUACAACACUGCAUCAGCGGUACAACUCUCUUGUCUUUCCAAAGAUUUACAGUGUAGUCCCGAUUGUGAAGCUCCGUGGCUUUUCUUUAUUUUCUUGUUUGAGUAACAAAUGAGAGUUUUGCCUCUUGACGGCAACACCUUGACUCACAAUCACUGUUUCAUAGUCCCUGGGCCUUUGGAAGACUGGCCCGCAUAACAUUAACGCACUUUUUAUCACAUGUAGCAUGGAAAUAAAAACAUAUCGUGAAAAUGAAAA